ACCAAAUGAAAGCAAUUUUUCCGGAAAUAUCCCGAACUUGUGGUAAUGACAGCGUGCCUUUUAGAAUACCUGGCAAAGAAGUAAAGAAGGGAGAAGAAAAAAAAGAAAAUGAGACAGAAAUUAAAAAAUCGGUUGCUUCUCUGGGAAAAAGAGAUGAGGAAAACAUUAACGUGGACGGUGGCGGAGAACUGCAAAUUGUUAUUAAUCGCAAAGAUUUAGAGAGAUAUAGCACUAUUAAUAGCGGCGGAAAAAAAGGAGCAAUCUCGGCUUAUGAUAAUCACCAAAUAGGUUUCACUCCCACUUCUGGCUCUAAUUCAGAUUUACCAGAUAAGAAAACUUAUUCUCCAAAAAAGGAUAAUAGCCAAGAGGGCAAAAACAACCCAUUAACCGACGCUGAAAAACAGCAAAUUCUUCAAUAUUUUCUCAAAAAUA